AUGGCUGCAACGGAAAAGCGAGUCAUGCCUGAUAACACAACUGAUCAAUCCAGCAAGAGAAGAAAGAAACAGCAAAAUAACAAGGCAAUAAUUGAGAGCGGCGAUUGGGGGGUUUUCGUAACUUGUGAUAUGGGCAGAGAAAGCAAGUGCAUUGCAGAAGCUCUGGAUCUCUUCUCUCAGGUUACAAGCAGCAACGCCGGAGGCGAAGACUCAGGCUCAGACGAGGAUGAAGGCGACAUUGAGGCGCAAAUCAGGAAAGAAAUUGAAAGCUUGAAGCCCAGGUCCGCCAAACCACGCCAAUUUCAAGCCAUUAGAAUGGAGAUGCCCUGCGUGACUUUCAUACGAUUUGAUAAGUCGAUAGAUCCUGAGAAAUUAGUUCACGACGUCUGUCUUGAUGCCCACGCAAAUCCCGAGAAGAAGAGAUGUCGAUGGGUCCAGCGGAUGACCCCUGUCCGAUCAAUUCGAAAAACCCUCAGUGUCGAUCUAGAAGCGUUCGCAAAAGAGAUUCUGAAGCCUCACUUUCACUCCGGAGGACCUCCGAAGAAGUAUGCUAUUCGGCCUACAAUAAGGGGCAACAAUAAAUUCGACAGGGAUAGUGUGAUCAAAACAAUUGCAGAUGUCGUAGGCCCCGAACAUCCAGUUGAUCUCAAGAAUUACGAUUUGAUCAUCCUUGUCCAUCUUAUCCAGAACGUAGUCGGGAUAAGCGUUGCCGGUAGUGAUUACGAUAAACUGAAAAGAUACAACCUGGCAGAGUUAUACACUCCGACUCCGAAGCCUCAGGCUCCUGAUAAUUCGGGAGUCUGA